AUGGAAUCCAUGACACUGAAACUGCUUGCCGGUGCAUUGGCCCUAUUACUGCUCUACGUAAUAAGCGCACACACUUACUGGAAAAGACGCGGGAUCCCGAUGCACGAGGGAUUCGUACCAUUAUUCGGUCACUUCUUGCCGAUAUAUACUCUGCCAAUGACCAUGGGAAAAUAUUUUCAGAAGAUGUACAACGACUGCAAACAACACAGCAUGUUUGGAAUAUACGAUAUGUUCAAUCCCAUUCUGGUGGUUCGAGAGCCGCAAUUAGUGAAGACUAUCCUUCAAAGUAACUUCUCGAGCUUCCAUAAGAAUGGAUGGGAGCUAGUGUCAGACGUGGAUCCUCUGUUACACAAGAAUCCGUUCUUUUCCGAAGGCGAGCAAUGGAUGACCGGUCGAAAACGACUGACCUACGCGUUCUCCAGCAUGAGGCUGAAAAUCCUCUUCCAAGCUGUUGCCGGGGUGGGCAAGAAGCUCGAAGAUUUUCUGAGCAGACAACUGAAGACGAAGGAGAAGUACGAAGUCGAGUUGACAGAAUUCUUCGGAAGAUUCACGGCCGAGUCUGUGGCGAACGCUGGCCUAGGCAUCGAGGGAUACAGCUUCGACGACAAUCCGCCGCCCAACUCUUUCCAGGAACUCGGCAAAGAGACCUUCGAGCAGAGCUCCGUAAACGGGCUUCUACGUAACGUUCUCUUCUUCAAACCAUGUAUAAACCGUUUCUUCAGGGUACCGUUCAUGCCGAAACACGUGGACAAGUUCUUCCGACAGGUUGUCGAGGAGAAUCUGCAGAUGAGAGCAAACGCGGACACAGCAAGAAACGACUUUUUCCAAACGAUAUUCGACCUCGCGAAGGCAAACGGUGAAGAACCGAACACUGAAGAUCUUGCGUCUCACGCGCUUUCAUUCUUCGCCGACGGUUUUGAGACCAGCAGGAUAACCCUCUCGUUCGCUGCGUAUCAAUUGGCGAAACAUCCGGACAUUCAGCAGAAGGUGAGGGACGAAGUGAAGUCCACGAUCGCGAAACACGGCGGUGUGUUAACGUACGAGGCCACGAAGGAAUUAACCUACAUGGAACAAGUGAUCAGUGAGUCGCAACGCCUGAACCCUGUGUUGGGCUUCUUCAGGAAGCGUUGCACCGAGAAGAUCGAGCUGAUCGGUUCCGAUGGAUUGCGCGUCUGGGUACAACCGGGAACAGAUGUACUUAUAUCUGUCGACGGGCUGCAAAUGAACCCGGAUUACUGGUCGGAUCCAGAGGAGUUCGAUCCCGAUCGUUUCAGCGAAGAAAGAAAGCGAAGCAUAGAGAAGAUGAGUUUCAUACCGUUCGGAGAUGGUCCAAGAAUAUGCGUCGGUAUGAGAAUGGCGAUGGUAGUGAUGAAACACUGCUUGGCUACUCUUUUAGACAACUAUAAAAUAGAACUGUCACCGAAAACGCAACUUCCUUUACAAAUGUCAACCUUUUUCUUCAUAAACAGGCCCACUGAAGGCAUCUGGUCAUAUAUUUCAAAAUUGUGAGAUUAUUUCUUUUUAUCUGUAUAGUAUACAUAUAUUUCUACUCACCUUCUCCAGUAUACAGGAGAGUCUAUAUGUAAUAUUUUUAAAUAAAAACUUAAAUCUUC